AUGGCUUUUCUAUGGCUAAUAACUUUUGCACUAAUUCCCCUGUUAUUUCUUCUUAUUCAACAACUUCAAAAAAAGUUCACUAACAAGAAACUUCCUCCAGGUCCAAGAGGCGUCCCUCUUAUUGGAAAUCUCCAUAUGUUUGGUGAAAAUCUUCAUCAAGAUCUUGGAAAAAUAUCGAAAAAAUAUGGUCCCAUAAUGUCAAUCCACUUUGGUCUUGUUCCUGUAAUUGUUGCUUCAUCACCUCAUGCUGCAGAGCAAUUCUUGAAAAUUCAUGAUUUACUAUUUGCUAGUAGACCUUCUAAUGAAGUUGCAGAGACCCUUUUCUACAAUCGUAGAAAUCUUGUCUCGUCUAAUUACGGACCUUACUGGAGAAACAUGCGUAAAUUAUGCACUCUGUAUUUGUUAAGUAAUGCAAAGAUUCAAUCUUUUCAACCUUUGAGGAAAAAACAAGUUCAAAUUCUCGUGAAUUUGAUGAAACAGGAACAUUUAUAUUUAAUUUAUGUUUGGGUUCGAUUUGACAAAAGAGAAGAAGAAGGGAGAGAUAUGUAUGGUGGCAGCGGCAAUACCAUUUUUUCCGACGAAAAAUUUGGUGGCAGAUUUGAAUGUGCGGUUGGUCGUUUGAAAGGCAAAGGUCGUUUGACGAUGGUAGAUUUGUGGAUGAUGACGACCGAUUUGAUGGAAAAAAAUAAGGUGGUGUACUUGAAAAAAAGAAUGGCUGAAAAUCGAGAAAAGGAGAAGGAGUUGUGGGUGGUGUGGAUGGUUGGAAUGGUAAAAUGGUGGUGGGAACAUCCAUGA